AUGGCAGCUGAGUUGGGGAAGGAGGAGGAAAUAUUGAAGGUGAAAGUCACUAACAAAACCCAUGUGAAGCCCAACAAAAAGAUAGGUAAGAAAGAAUGCCAGCUGGUCACAUUUGACCUCCCCUACCUGGCUUUUUACUACAACCAGAAGUUACUGUUUUACAAGGGGGCUGAGUUUGAGGAAAUGGUGAAGAAGCUGAAGGAGGGUUUGGAGGUGGUUCUGGUGGAGUUUUAUCAGCUGGCUGGGAAGCUUGGGAAAGAUGAGGAGGGAGUCUUUAGGGUUGAGUAUGGUGAUGAGAUGGAGGGUGUGGAGGUUGUGGAGGCUGCAUCAGAAGAGAUCAGCAUAGCCGAUCUGGCAGUUGAGGAAGGCACCAGUGCUUUGAAGGACUUCAUACCUUACAAUGGGGUCUUGAACUUGGAGGGCAUUCACAGGCCUUUGCUGGCACUGCAGUUAACCAAGCUGAAGGAUGGAUUGGCAAUAGGGUGCGCCUUCAACCAUGCGAUCCUAGACGGUACCUCCACGUGGCACUUCAUGAGCUCGUGGGCGGAGGUCUGCAAUGGGUCCAAAUCCAUUUCAGCCCAACCCUUCCUGGACCGCACCCAAGCCCGAAACACUCGCGUGAAGCUCGAUCUUUCUCCGCCUCCAUCCGUAGGCGACGCGUCGUCCAACGCCAAAGCGGACCCGAACCUAAGAGAGAGAGUGUUCAAGUUUUCGGAAGCAGCCAUCGACAAGAUCAAGUCAACAAUCAACGCAAACGCACCAUCGGACGGCUCAAAACCAUUCUCCACAUUCCAAUCCCUCUCCGUCCACAUCUGGCGCCACGUCACCAAGGCGCGCCACCUGAAACCCGAAGACUACACUGUCUUCACCGUCUUCGCGGACUGCCGAAAACGGGUCGACCCGCCCAUGCCGGAUACCUACUUCGGUAACCUAAUUCAGGCGGUCUUCACUGUGACGGCAGCCGGGUUGCUGUCGGCGAACCCGCCGGAGUUCGGAGCUUCGAUGAUCCAGAAGGCGAUCGAAGCGCACAACUCGAAAGCCAUUGACGAGCGCAACAAGGAGUGGGAGAGCUCGCCGAAGAUUUUUGAGUUCAAGGACGCGGGAGUGAACUGCGUGGCAGUGGGGAGCUCACCGAGGUUUCGGGUUUAUGAGGUGGAUUUCGGGUGGGGAAAACCGGAGGGGGUGAGAAGCGGGUCGAACAAUAGGUUUGAUGGGAUGGUGUAUUUGUACCAGGGGAAGAGCGGUGGGAGAAGCAUUGAUGUGGAGAUUAGCUUGGAGGCUCCGACUAUGGAGAAGCUGGAGAAAGACGAGAGCUUUGUUCCGAUUGGCAACUAG